AUGUCCCGCCGCAAACAGGGCAACCCGCAGCACUUGUCCCAGAGGGAGAUCAUCACCCCAGAGCCUGAGCAUGUGGAGGCCACCAUCCUCGAGGAAGACGAGGGUCUGGAGAUAGAGGAACCCGGCAGCCUGGGGCUGAUGGUGGGUGGCCCCGACCCUGACCUGCUCACCUGUGGACAGUGUCAGAUGAACUUCCCCCUGGGAGACAUCCUGGUUUUUAUAGAGCACAAGAAGAAGCAGUGUGGCGGCAGCCUGGGGGCCUGCUAUGACAAAGGCCUGGACAAGGGCAGCCCUCCGCCCUCCUCGCGCUCUGAGCUCAGGAAAGUGUCUGAGCCAGUGGAGAUCGGGAUCCAGGUGACCCCUGAUGAGGAUGACCACCUGCUGUCACCUACGAAAGGCGUCUGCCCCAAACAGGAGAACCUCGCAGGGCCGUGCAGGCCUGCCCAGCUGCCAGCGAUGGCCCCCAUAGCUGCCACCUCCUCCCACCCUCACCCAUCCGCGAUUACUUCGCCUCUGCGCGCCCUGGGCGCUCUGCCGCCCUGCGUCCCCCUGCCGUGCUGCAGCGCGCUCCCUGUCUCGGGUGACGGGACUCAGGGUGAGGGUCAGACGGAGGCUCCCUUUGGAUGUCAGUGUCAGUUGUCAGGUAAAGAUGAGCCUUCCAGCUACAUUUGCACCACAUGCAAGCAGCCCUUCAACAGCGCGUGGUUCCUGCUGCAGCACGCGCAGAACACGCAUGGCUUCCGCAUCUACCUGGAGCCCGGGCCGGCCAGCAGCUCGCUCACGCCACGGCUCACCAUCCCGCCGCCGCUGGGGCCCGAGGCCGUGGCCCAGUCCCCGCUCAUGAAUUUCCUGGGCGACAGCAACCCCUUCAACCUGCUGCGCAUGACGGGCCCCAUCCUGCGGGACCACCCGGGCUUUGGCGAGGGCCGCCUGCCCGGCACGCCGCCGCUCUUCAGCCCGCCGCCGCGCCACCACCUGGACCCGCACCGCCUCAGCGCCGAGGAGAUGGGGCUCGUCGCCCAGCACCCCAGUGCCUUCGACCGAGUCAUGCGCCUGAACCCCAUGGCCAUUGACUCGCCCGCCAUGGACUUCUCGCGGCGGCUCCGCGAGCUGGCGGGCAACAGCUCCACGCCGCCGCCUGUGUCCCCGGGCCGCGGCAACCCUAUGCACCGGCUCCUGAACCCCUUCCAGCCCAGCCCCAAGUCCCCGUUCCUGAGCACGCCGCCGCUGCCGCCCAUGCCCCCCGGUGGCACGCCGCCACCGCAGCCGCCGGCCAAGAGCAAGUCGUGUGAGUUCUGCGGCAAGACCUUCAAGUUCCAGAGCAAUCUCAUUGUGCACCGGCGCAGCCACACGGGCGAGAAGCCCUACAAGUGCCAGCUGUGCGACCACGCGUGCUCGCAGGCGAGCAAGCUCAAGCGCCACAUGAAGACGCACAUGCACAAGGCCGGCUCGCUGGCAGGCCGCUCCGAUGACGGGCUCUCGGCUGCCAGCUCCCCGGAGCCCGGCACCAGCGAGCUGACCGGUGAGGGCCUCAAGGCGGCCGACGGUGACUUCCGCCACCACGAGAGCGACCCUUCCCUGGGCCAUGAGCCCGAGGAGGAGGACGAAGAGGAGGAGGAGGAGGAGGAGGAGCUGCUGCUGGAGAACGAGAGCCGGCCCGAGUCGAGCUUCAGCAUGGACUCGGAGCUCAGCCGCAACCGGGAGAACGGCGCCGGCGGCGGCGGCGGGGUGGCCGGCGUGCCGGGCGCGGGCGGCGGCGCCGCGGCCAAGGCGCUGGCUGACGAGAAGGCGCUGGUGCUGGGCAAGGUCAUGGAGAACGUGGGCCUGGGCGCGCUGCCGCCAUACGGCGACCUGCUGGCCGACAAGCAGAAGCGCGGCGCCUUCCUGAAGCGCGCGGCCGGCGGUGGCGGGGGCGGCGGGGACCCGGGCGACGACGACGCCGCCGGGGGCUGCGGCGACGCGGGCCCCGGGGGUGCGGUCAACGGGCGCGGCGGCGGCUUCGCGCCCGGCACCGAGCCUUUCCCCGGGCUCUUCCCGCGCAAGCCGGCGCCGCUGCCCAGCCCCGGCCUCAACAGCGCGGCCAAGCGCAUCAAGGUGGAGAAGGACCUGGAGCUGCCGCCUGCCGCGCUCAUCCCGUCGGAGAAUGUGUACUCGCAGUGGCUGGUGGGCUAUGCGGCGUCGCGGCACUUCAUGAAGGACCCCUUCCUGGGCUUCACGGACGCGCGCCAGUCGCCCUUCGCCACGUCGUCCGAGCACUCGUCCGAGAACGGCAGCCUACGCUUCUCCACGCCGCCCGGGGACCUGCUGGACGGCGGGUUGUCGGGCCGCAGCGGCACGGCCAGCGGGGGCAGCACGCCGCAUCUGGGCGGCCCAGGCCCCGGGCGGCCGAGCUCCAAGGAGGGCCGGCGCAGCGACACGUGCGAGUACUGCGGCAAAGUGUUCAAGAACUGCAGCAACCUGACGGUGCACCGACGGAGCCACACCGGCGAGCGGCCUUACAAGUGCGAGCUGUGCAACUACGCGUGCGCGCAGAGCAGCAAGCUCACGCGCCACAUGAAGACGCACGGGCAGAUCGGCAAGGAGGUGUACCGCUGCGACAUCUGCCAAAUGCCCUUCAGCGUCUAUAGCACCCUGGAGAAACACAUGAAAAAGUGGCACGGCGAGCACUUGCUGACUAACGACGUCAAAAUCGAGCAGGCGGAGAGGAGCUAA